CGGAGGACUGAUGUGGGGCUCGAUCCCAUAACGCUGGGAUCACGCCCUGAGCCAAAGGCAGACGCUUAACCACUGUGCCACCCAGGCGCCCCUCCCAAGAAGCUUUGAUAACGAGAGUCUGGUUUCAGGGGGAGCCCCGUGAGGGGCGAAGGGGUCAGCAGGAGGGAGGGAUGGUGGAGGCUGAGGGCUCAGGCAGGCCUGGGAGGCCUGUGAGGAAUGGCUGAGGGGACUGGCCUAGCAGAAACCUCAGGAAAGGGUUGCUGUCCAGGAUCUGGGGCCCAGGUGAGGCUGGAAAUCAUGAAUAGACCUGGUUGGCUCCAGCAGUACUCUCUGGACCAGGGGCAGCAGAUGGUAGGCUCGCCCCAGGGGUGGUGUGUCCCAAGGAGAAGGAAAGCUCCAAGAGCUGAAGAGGAAGGGAGGGCAAGGAAAGUGGUGAACAGGGCCAGGGGUCUGCAAGGGUGCAUACUGCAGGAGUCCGUGGCGUAGUGGGUGAGGCUGUGGUGGGACCGACAGGCAGAAGGUGGGGUUGGAGGCUGGUGGAGGAAUUGCCAGGUCAGGAUUUCAGUUGGAGACAAUGCUGCUGGCUUGCACAUGAUGGGUACUUGGAGGUUUAGAGGUUACUAUUGAACAAAGGAUGUCAGGGGCCACAGUGCAACCAGGGUUGAGUCCCCAGAGACAGUGAUGGGGGGGUGUCCAUGUGGCUGGUGCGGUGGGGGAUGAGGAAGUCCUUGAGCUGCUCCUUCAUUCCCAGGGCAAGGAGGGAACCCUGAGAGAAUAGGCACUGAUGGUGCAGGCCUUUUCUCGGCAGGAGACGGCGUCUACCAGAAGGGAAUGGACUUCAUUUUGGAAAAACUCAACCAUGGGGACUGGCCUCACCGAAUGUAUCCUGUCGGGCAUCAUGUCCGUGAACGGCAAGAAAGUGCUGCAUAUGGACCGGAACCCCUACUAUGGGGGUGAGAGCUCCUCCAUCACACCCCUGGAGGAGCUGUAUAAGCGUUUUCAGUUGCUGGAGGGGCCCCCUGAGGCGAUGGGCAGGGGCCGAGACUGGAACGUUGACCUGAUCCCCAAAUUCCUCAUGGCCAAUGGGCAGCUGGUAAAGAUGCUGCUGUAUACGGAGGUGACGCGCUACCUGGACUUCAAGGUGGUGGAGGGCAGCUUUGUCUACAAGGGGGGAAAGAUCUAUAAAGUGCCAUCAACUGAGACUGAAGCCUUGGCUUCCAAUCUGAUGGGCAUGUUUGAGAAACGGCGUUUUCGCAAGUUCCUGGUGUUUGUGGCAAACUUUGAUGAAAAUGACCCCAAGACCUUCGAGGGUGUUGACCCCCAGAGCACCAGCAUGCGUGAUGUCUACCGGAAGUUUGACUUGGGCCAGGAUGUCAUCGACUUCACUGGCCAUGCCCUGGCCCUCUACCGCACUGAUGACUACCUGGACCAGCCCUGUCUUGAGACCAUCAACCGCAUCAAGUUGUACAGUGAGUCCCUGGCUCGGUAUGGAAAGAGUCCUUAUUUAUACCCACUCUACGGCCUUGGUGAGCUGCCCCAGGGGUUUGCAAGAUUGAGUGCCAUCUAUGGAGGGACAUACAUGCUGAACAAACCUGUGGAUGACAUCAUCAUGGAGAAUGGCAAGGUGGUGGGUGUGAAGUCUGAGGGAGAGGUGGCCCGCUGCAAGCAGCUGAUCUGUGACCCCAGCUACAUUCCAGACCGAGUGCGGAAGGCCGGCCAGGUUAUCCGCAUCAUCUGUAUCCUCAGCCACCCCAUCAAGAACACCAAUGAUGCCAAUUCCUGCCAAAUCAUCAUCCCCCAGAACCAAGUUAACAGGAAGUCAGACAUCUACGUGUGCAUGAUCUCCUACGCACACAACGUGGCUGCACAGGGCAAGUACAUCGCUAUUGCCAGCACCACAGUGGAGACUACGGAGCCGGAAAAGGAGGUUGAACCUGCCCUGGAGCUGCUGGAGCCCAUUGACCAGAAGUUUGUGGCCAUCAGUGACUUAUAUGAGCCCAUUGACGAUGGUUCCGAGAGCCAGGUGUUCUGUUCCUGCUCCUAUGAUGCUACCACACACUUCGAGACAACCUGCAAUGACAUCAAAGAUAUCUACAAGCGCAUGGCAGGCUCCGCUUUUGACUUUGAGAACAUGAAGCGCAAACAGAAUGACGUCUUUGGAGAAGCUGACCAGUGAUUGACGACCCCCCACACACCCCCCAGCCCUUGGUGCCCUCUCCCCUGACCUAAGUCGGUUCUACUCGAGGGCUGGGGAGAUGGGUGUGGCUGGGCACCCCAGUUUCCAGCAUUCUCCGCUUCCCCCACCACAUUCUACAUUCCUAUCACCCACCUCAUUGAUUCACUGACCAAAUCCUUAACCUUAGCGAUGGUUUGGGAGACAGGGGGUUGGAUAGCAUCCUCUUUCUUGGCCCUUCCUUAUUCUGGGGAAAAGAGGGUUCAUUUCCUUGUGUGUGUCUCUUCCCCCUCCACUCCUAAUUCUUCUGCUCUGUUUGGGAAGAACGUGGAGGAAAAACUGACUUCUGCCCCCACUGCUCUUACCCCUACUGUAGUGGCCUUUGGAGAUGCCCCCUGCCUCCCCCCACCAACUCUCUUGUGUGUUGGAGAGAAGGGGCCCUCCCAGCACAAAGUUGCUUUCCCCCCCCUUGUUAAUUUAUUCUAAUUUAUUAACUUUGGCCCACCCCAUCUGAGAAGGGAGCACUGUGUCUCUCACCCGCAGCCUUCUGGUGCGGCCUGGGAGGGGAGAGGGCUUGGGUGUGGCCCAGUUGGAGGUUGAUCUUGCUGUUUUUGUUUCUUGUUUUUGUGUUUGUGUUCUCUGGCAUUUGCUGAGAGAGAAAAAAAAAUGUGAGCAAAGCAGGAGGAGGUGGGAAAAUGGAUCCAAACCCCAGUAUGCCCUGCCCCACCCCACAACCUUUCCCUUAGUGGUGGGAAACCCUUACCUUGCAAAGUGAAUGUGUCCCCUUCCCCAGCCUCUAGUGUAUUUCACAGAAAACCUCCCAAUAAAACUGUGUUGAAACCUGG